GGAGCUCACAGUUUAAAGGGAGACACACUCACAGAGCGUUUGUGUACUUGGAAUGCCCUGUGAGAGGAGUCUGACCGGGGCAAGUGCUGGGCAGAGGUGGCGCCGAGGAGGGGAUGGCUGGUUCUUCCUGACGGAUUCAAGGGAAGACUCAAAAGCAGGCUGGAGGCCACUGGUGGAUUUCACGAGGGAGGCUGAGAGCAUCAGCUUUGUCUCUGACACUGAAAAGAUUGCUGGAAAGCAGCCGCGAGUGGCCUGACCCUGCACGCACGGGCCCACCUCCCCAUGCUCCCCUGGCCUGGGGCUUUCUUUCUCACACCAUCAUGAGCUCCCUUCUUCUGGGCUGCCCCCUGCCAUUCCAGCCCUUUCUGACCCCUCGUCUGAAUUUCCCAGGCCGUAGGCAAGCACCCAAAGCAUAUCAUCAGGUGCCCACAAGGCACAGGACACCGGGCCGACACCUGGAGCUGGGGUGGGGUGAGAGCUGCGGAGGAGGGGGCAAGAGGCCUCCUUCAUGCCAGGCCUGGACCAUGAAGAGGAAGCCACUUUCUGUCCCCAAGGAGCUCAAGUCUGAUGGGGAAGGAGCCACUGGAGUGGACGGAGGCUGUGCCUGGUCUCCCUGCGUCCCAGGCCAAUCCCUCCUCCUGGGUGUGUGAUCUUUGCCUGCUGAAUCCUGUCUUCCAGUUAGCCCGUGAGCUCAGGGAGUCUUCUCUGCAUGUACAGUUAUCCACUCUGUGGCGCAGGACUGUGUGGAAGGGAAACGGAGGCUGCGUGGGAGCCUGGAAGAGGAGGGUGGCACCUAGGCUAUUCCCUCUGCCAGGGAAUUCCUUCGCCCUCGUUCAGAAAACAUCCACCCAUUCGGACCAGGUCCUCCUAGACUCCACAGCCCCCGGCCCAGGGAUGAGGAAGGUGCUGCUUGGCCCACCAUGGGCCACAGCCUUCCUGCUCAGCUCAGCCUCGGUGGUGAGUAACGCUGCCCCUGCUGUGCCACUUCCGGGCUCUCUGGGCUCCCACACUCUGCUGUGGAGGCCCAGGCUGGCUCCCUCUCGGGGUGGGUGCUGCCUCUGGAGGGUGGAGGUGAGGGGAAGGGACUGAGGGUGGCCCUGCGGGGCCUUGAUGGAGCAGCAGUGGGGACCAUGCACCUCUGAGGGUCUGGGUGAGUGGGGGCUGCAGCCAGGCCUGGCUGGCCUGGGGGAUCAGGAGGGUCUGCAAACCAAGCUCUGGGGCUCCCUGAGGUUCCAGGAAGAACCCCGCCUGUCCCAGCAAAGGUGGAUCCAGGAGAGGAGUGGGCUUGGCCACCUCGGCUGCCACCAGAAGCUGCCCCCUCAGCUCCUAUCUGUUCCCCUCUGCCCCUGGAACUUCUGAAACCACUUCCCUCCUCCCUGGACUUCUGCAGGCCGAGGUAUGACUGUUCUGUCUCCCGUUAGCAAGGUCUGCAACAUUGCUCUGAGCAGCAUCCUCCAAUGUGGUGCACCUGCUCGACAGGGGUACAAAGGUAGGUGCUGGGGCGGGGGCAGUCAUGGACUUGCUCCCCACUCCGAAAAGCUCUCACUCCUCAGGAAAGCUCUCAAAAGCAGAGCCUGCAUCUGACUAGUCUCUGCACCCCAGUGCCUGGCAUAGCUUCUGGCCUCAGGUAGGUUUCAGGUAAGGUCUGAAUGAGUGAUUGAGGGAAACAGGUGCUGGCUUGGAGAAGAUGCUGUGGGAUAGAAGGCACUGAGCUGGGUCUUGAAUGGACAGGGUUUGAGCCACCAGCCAUGCAGGAAGGGCUAUCCACAAGCAGAGACUCAAGGUAGGGAAGCACAGAGUGACCAGCGAUGCUACAGUUGGGCCAGCUGGGUGCGGGACGAUGGAGGGAAGAUGUCAAACAGGGAGGAGGAGAAAAAAAUAACGCAGAGAGGGGCAGGACCGUGGCAACAACUGAACUGAAGUGCUUUAGGCAUUUCCAGAAAUCCAGUGUUCUUCUUCCCUCGGCAGCACCUACCAGGGAGAGCAAAAGCCUGCAAGCCUCAGUGCCUGGCCCACUCCUGGCCUGGAAAGAGGAACAGAGGGAGGACGGCGGGGCUGGGUGGUCUCCCGAUCACAAGCAUACAUUUCCCAGGCAUCUGGGCAGUGAUGGGAUUGUCAACCUGGAAGUCACCUUGAAGGAGAAAUGACCGUGUGCCUCAGACAGAACAGACCCCGGGCCCCAGGGUGGAGCACGCACUAUCCAUGAACUCAGGGUCCUAGGGAUGGAGUCCAGGGCCCUGGGUGGCAGGGCCAGGAGGAGCAGCCGGGUCUACACAGGAUGGCACCGUGCAGUGGUGGUGACGCUGAGCAUGGCCUGGUGAGCACUUGCAGCGUGAUCGCCACGUGCUGGCACUGGCACUGGCACUUCACACUCCUCAUUGCUUUUGAGUUUUGGGAGAGGUGCAGUGAGGUGACCUGCCCAGAGGAGGGAGGCUGAUCUGAUCUGACAUCUGCCAUAGGCCUGUCCUGUCUCACAUUGGUUCCUGGCCUGUGUACUGGGCUCACCUGGAGGCUUUAAAAACAUACUGAGGCUCAGGCUUCACCCCACAAGUUUCUGAUUCAAGAGUAUGUUUUUGCCUUUUUGUUCUCACUCCCAAAGUGUCCGGAUCUGUGCUCAGAGCUCAAAGAAAUUUACUGAAAAAAAUAAAAUUAAGGAACGACAGCUCAAAGAGCCAGCAAUUUAUGCAAAUGAAUGCAAAUAAAUACGCACUUCCAUACAUAUGUUUAUGCAAAUAUUCUUGUGGUCCUUGCAAAUCACUCACCCGCCUGCAAGCAGCCACCUAUGAAUUCUUGGUGAGAACCCCGGGCAGAGUGCCCGGGUUAAUGACAGGUGGUAUCACAACC